UCAUCACCGGUUGCCGAAGAUAUUGUAAAGAGAUCACAGCCUUCAGCCCCAUUAUGUGGAGGACUUUCCUUAAACAAAGGAAAUAUAUAUAUAUAUGUACGCACGUAUACCGCUUUCGUGCGUCCAUGGUAUUGAUGUCAGCUGGAUGCCUGGAAUAGCGCAUUGAGAGAGUUUUGCUCUGCCUCACAUAAACCAAGGUGCUACCCCUCUCUGUCUCUCUCUCUACUCCAUACACCUUUUAGCACCCAUGUUCGAAUCUUAGUUUUCUCUCAGAGAUUGUCAUCGCAAACUAAGAGGAGGACCUCGAAAGAAUUCUGCAAGGGCUGUUGAGCAAACUAGUGAGCAGGUCAGAGCAUUGCUCCUUUUAUAUGCUUGGUGGCAUUUAAAGUUGCAUCAAGACUUUAUCGCCAUUCACAGAUGUCGCUCAUAUCAAAGUUGAGAUGCAUCACUGUUGAUGUUACUGGCACACUGUUAGCAUAUAAAGGAGAACUAGGGGAUUACUAUUGCAUGGCAGCCAAAUCUGUUGGAUUGCCUUGCCCCGAUUACAAACGUAUGCAUGAAGGCUUCAAAGCAGCAUACACUGAUAUGGCAAAGAGGUAUCCAUGUUUCGGUCAUGCUGCAAAAAUGCCUAAUAUCGAUUGGUGGAGAUCAUGCGUGAAGGACUCCUUUAUCAGGUCGGGCUAUGACUAUGAUGAUGAAACUUUUGAAAAGGUGUUCAAACGUAUAUACUCUGUAUUUGGUUCUGCUGCACCAUACACCAUAUUUCCAGACUCACAACCAUUCUUGCGUUGGGCACGCUCCAAGGGACUCAUAGUCGGCAUUGUGAGCAAUGCAGAAUACCGUUAUCAAGAUGUAAUUCUUCCUGCAUUGGGUUUGAAUAAGGGAUCGGAGUGGGAUUUUGGUGUAUUUUCUGGCAUUGAAGGCAUAGAAAAGCCCAAUCCCCAGAUCUAUGAGAUGGCCCUGGAGAAGGCUGGAAACAUUACUCCAGAGAACACCUUGCACAUAGGUGACAGCAUGCGGAAAGACUACAUGCCUGCAAAGUCUAUGGGCAUGCACGCCAUUCUGUUGGACAGGUUCAAGACACCUGAUGCAGAAAAAUGGAGGGAGUCUGGCGCUCUUGUACUUCCUGAUCUUGUGGCUGUUCAGACAUUUCUUACUGGCGAAGAAGAGGUUUUGCAUGAACCUGCCAAUGCAAUAUGAAAUGCUUCCUUUACGCUGAUAUUUUUGGAACUUUUAUAAUGUAAUAGCGAAUGCCAUAUUUCAUCUCUGGGAAAAUGAAAAGAAUUUUAUUUUCUA